AUGUGCCUAGUAUUAACCUCUAGAUCAAAGACCCCGCACUUCCUGGAUAGGAAGAGCAAGGACUCUUACCUGUCAGUGUUCGACGAAAAGACAUUCGUAUUCCUUGGCUCGAACGACUGGGAUCAGGGGAGAAGUUUCAUGAAAGAUAUAGGUGACCCGAGUUUGUGGUCGAAAGAUGAAGAAUCAUCGAAAUUCUAUAAGUCUUUUCUUCGGUACAGAGCAGGUGACGAAGUUUUGCAAGUUGGAUAUUUGGAUUUAAAAAUAAUACGGGUAGCUAUGGAUAAAGAAGGAUUUAGCAGUGGCAAGGAUAAUCUAGUUUCAAAGAUAGGCGGUAGAGAUCGGAGGAUAAUAGAGAUUAAAGUUGCGGACUUUCGGCGGGUCACUGUUAUAGCCGCAUGCUGCAUCCGCAUAUCCGCAGCCUACGAGACGGACUACUGCUCAGCUAUCCGUACUAGACUAAGCGGUGCGAUCUUCGAGGGCUUAUGA